UGUAGUUUGCACUUGUAGUGCAAAGUGGAUUUACCUUUAGUAAAUAACCCCCAUUGUGUUAUUUACGUGUACUGUACAUGAAUAAUUAUGUAUGAGUCCUAAUAGUGGUUACUUGUUUUUUAACUUUUUGUACAAUAAAUACUUUAUAUUUUAACCCAUUUUUUUUGGAGUGGUAGGUACAGUUAAAGUCCUCAAUCUAGCUGUUAGGGUUUAUUUUUUGUGUAUUAUCGAAGCAAUAAAACAUGCAUACUCACACAUCCAGGUCAGGAUUUGAACCUUUUUAUUUGUGUUUAUGAUUCAUUUAUUUUUUUAUUGGCCUGGGUAUGAAAUAAUUUCCCUUGCCUUUAAAUGUGUCUCUACCUGUCUGCUCUGCAUUACAUUUUUGCGCAAGACCAAAGAAAAGGACCGGUUUCCAGUAAAUCAUGCCAGUCUUGCUGAGUUGUUAGGAAUCAGCACUUUCUACUUAAACUGAGUUACUUGUGUGUGUUUACCAGGAAUUAGCACUGUAAUACUUGCUCACUCCUUACUUUCGACACAUGUUGUACUUAUUGCAAAUGCUUUACUGCUCAGCAGAGGGUGCUACAGGCCUGAAUUAGCACAGAUGUAAAGUUCUGUUUUUUUAAGGAACAUGAAAACAACAGGUAAUGCAUGUUUAAAUAUUCUGCAGGAUAUGGCAUGGCUGCUGCCAAAUACCUAUGGGACAGUUAAUCUUACUGGCAUAGACGCAGUACUGAUGGCAAUCAUUGUGUAAAAACAUGGUUACACUAGUGUCACUGAGUACUUGUGCCUUCUGAGAAAGCCAUGUGGGUGGAGUAGAGAGCAAAUGUGUUCUUCACUGAUUGCAAGCUAUCAGCAUCACAUUGGAUUAGCUGUGCUGCUUGACUUCACUAUUCUGGGAUACCUUCUGACACUACAGAAGUCAAAGGAUAUAUACCAUAAAACAGGACAUCCCUUAUUCUUCGGGGGGACUACAGCACCAUGUCUGAAUACAUGGUUCCCGGUCAACUGGCUACCAGCAAUUCUUCCUUCACAAACUCAACCUUGUAUCCAAUGACACCUCAUGGCUACUCCCAAAAACUGGGCAUUGCGAUCCUCUCAGUUGCCUUCAUCAUUGGUUUCCCAGGGAAUGCAUUCAUCAUUUGGUCAAUUCUGAACUGCAUGAAGAAGUGGUCUGUCACCUGCCACCUCAUCUUACAUUUGGCCAUUGCAGAUAUCAUCGUAAUCCUAACAGCACCUGUAUUCCUACAUCUCCUAUCCACUGGCAGCUGGAUAUUUGGCAAUAUAAUUUGUAAGCUUUGUCAUUACAUUAGCUGCCUCAGUAUGUAUGCCAGCAUCAUCCUUAUUACCUCUAUGAGCAUAGACAGAUACUUUGCUGUGUCAAGACCCAUGAGCUCUGUAACUAGGACAAAGAUGGUUUUUGGCAAAGUCAUAUUGGCUAUAUGGGUUUCGUCAUGCUUGUUAGCCAUUCCUAUGCCAAUUUACCGCGCGGUAGAGACUGUUAACAACAAAGAACAGUGUAGGCACAUUCACAGCUCUCCGGCACACAUCAUUUUUCAAUAUGUGUUUGAGACAGUGACUGGCUUUAUCAUUCCAUUUACAAUCAUCAUGUCCUGCUACCUCUACAUUGGAUUGAAGCUGCGUAACGCUAAGUUUCAAACCAAACAUAAAACAAGCCGGCUGGUGGUGAUGAUCAUAGUGAUGUUUGCCAUCUUCUGGCUUCCUUACCACGUGGUGAAUAUAAUAGAGGUGUCAGGGAAAGUGUUCUCAUCAGACAAGCUAAGAAAAGUUGCUUCCAUUGCCAGACCUAAUGUCACAGCUCUUGCAUUUCUCAGUAGCAGUGUAAACCCUAUUUUGUAUGUGUUCGCAGGAGGAAGCCUAAUUAAAACGGCUGGGGUGGAAUUUAUGGCCAAGCUCUUUGAAGGAACUGGCCCAGAAAUGAAUAGUGUUUGGAAGAUCUCUGAUUUCUUUAGGCAAAAGAAUCAUGAGGAAACUAUGGAAUUGGGGAAAACCAAUAAAACGAAUGACGGAUAACUCCACAACUGACAAAGAGAAGAUAUUCUGUGAAAAUAUGUCUUACCUCCAUGCUGCAACUCUGCUGAUCAACCAGUUCUUUGCAAGCAUUUUCCAGUCCUCACAUUCAGCAGUCCUCUGCCAGCAGUAAUUGUUGAGCCUCGUACACACAAUCAGAUUUUCUGGCGGGAAAAGUGUGAUGACAGGCUGUUGUCGGAAAAUCCGACC